UGUAAUCUAAUUGUUUUUAAAAUGUCUGCUACAUUAUCUAUAAUUCAGUUUGACUAUCAGAGCCACAAAGAGUUUAUCUGCAGUAAGACUAUAAAAAAGAAACAUUCUGCAGUAUGUAAAUUCUGCAGUGCAUCUUUUACCGAAACAAAGGGAACAACUUCCAAUUUCCAUCGACAUGUGGAGCGAAAGCAAAAAGAAAGGCUUGCUGAGUACAAGAGAGGCAUACAUUCAGAAUCCAACAGAACUGCAACACAAAGUAUAGAAUCAUCUUUUUGCCAUGCAGCUCCGCAUUACAGUCCUGACUCAAGUCGCCAAAAAAGCAAUCAGCCAAGCAAUCGUCAAAGACUUGAUUAUUGGUUGUACCUUACCGUUAUCUAUACUGUAGUUGAGAAUGAACACUUCCGACACUUUCUUUACACACUGGAUUUGAAGUAUGUGCCAAUGUCAAGUAUGACAAUUACUGAGAAAUGCAUUCCAGAUUUAAUUGGAAAGGUUAAGAUGCAUAUUUGUGAAACUUUGAAGAAACACAGCUCCAUCUCAGUAACUGAUAUAUGGUCAGACCGAACAUUGUGCUCCUUCCUUGGAAUUAAUGCACAUGUCUGCAAUACAAGUGAGGAUGUUUACAAGCUGGAUUCAUUUCUUUUAGAUUGUAGAUAUUUUCCAAGUAGACACACUGGUGAAAACAUUGCAAUGGCCUUUGAUGACAUAACAGAGGAGUAUGAAAUUACAAACAAGAUUGAUUACAUCUUAACAGAUAAUGCUGCAAACAUGAAAUGUGCCUUUAAAGUGAAGUUACCACAGCAAUCUGUUGACCCUGCAAUUGACAGUGAGGAAGAAAUUGACAACUUGGAUGAUGAAGAGCUGUGGGAAGAUGUGGACAUCAUGCAAGAAAUCGCCAUCGACAUCAUCGCCAGUUCAAGACAGAGAUUGUCAUGCUUUGCGCACUCUCUUCAGCUGGUUAUUGGUGAUGGAUUAAAAGAAGCCAAAAUCUCUGGCCAUAGCAAAAGCAUCCAAGCUUACCUCUUUACUGCACAGCAGCACUACUUUCAAGAGCCGCUUUGAAGCUGCUUUUGGCAACAAAUCACUACCAGUUGCGAAAGUUACUCGUUGGAAUUCAAAAUUCUGGCAGAAGUCUGUGUUAAAGACUUUGAAAACUUGAUGUUUACUCUCCGUGAAUGGAACCAACUUCAAGAACUGAGUGCAGUUCUAGGACCAUUUUCAGAGGCAACUGACCUAACACAAGGUGAAAAGUCUGUGACUAUAAGCAUGGUGGUUCCUACUGUUUUGGACCUAAACACACAUCUUCUGAAAAUGGGAGAGACAAGAUCCCAGUGCCAGCCUUUAAUUAAGGCCCAUCACACCUCUCUACA